UGGCUAUCGAGAUUCUCGUGCAGACUCGAGCCGAGCGCAUCAACAAGACAACUGUCAAAACACGCACGUUAAUCGAGGUGCGAAAUGGACUUUGAGAGUCCCGACGUCGAGAAGGAAUUCCCCGGAUUGUACGCGUCCGAGUCGGCGAGGAAGAGCAAUGAGAGCGAUUUUAGCGACGAGGGCAGUCACGACAAGCAUUCCAAGAAGGAGCUGCUGGGCGGCAAGCGCAAGGACAAGAAGGACAGGAAGGACAGAGGUUACGCCACCCUAGAGGGUGAGAGCUCGCCGGACGAAGAUCAGGAGACCAAAAGCCCUUCAAAGUCGAAGAAGACCAAGGCCUUCAAGUUCCCGUCUAAGAAAGAGAAGCGAGAAAAGUCGCGGGAGAAAGAUGCAAAGGAGAAAGACGCCGAGAAGGAGAAGGACAAAAAGAAGAGGGACAAGGACGAGAAGGACAUAGAGAAGGAGAAGCGGAAGGACAAGGACAAGGAUAAAUCCAAGCAGAAAUUGAAGGACCGUAAGAAGGGCAAGCACGCCAGCAGCGAGGGUCUGGAUAUUGGUGAGGAACAACCGGUUUUCGGUGUUAGUCUUCAUUUAGCGGUCGAGAGGAGCUGCUGCCACGACGGCGUCGAGCUGCCGCUGGUCGUACGGGACUGCAUCGACUACGUGGAGGAACAUGGCAUGAGCGUGGAGGGUCUGUACAAAGUUCCCGGCGUGAAGUCAAAGGUCCAGAACUUGAAAAAGCUCUACAAUCACCGGGAGCCCGUGAACAUAUCCGAGUUCGAACCCACGGUAGCCACGAGCUUGUUGAUACUGUUCCUUAGGGAGCUACCGGAACCGGUGCUGGAGAACAGCGAAACGAUAUCGCGCUUCGAGCAGGCCGCAUCGACCAAGGACGUCGCGCAACGGGAGGCGCAAUUAGUGCAACUGACGCAGCAGUUACCUGAUUGCAACAGGGUCCUCCUGGCGUGGGUGACGUUGCACCUGGAUCACGUCACCGCGCGAGAAAAAACGACGAAGAUGAAUGCUCAAACGAUUUCGAUGACGUUGAGCCCGGUGCUGCAAAUGAGUCACAGAUUGUUGUUGGCUUUAUUGUUCCACUGCAAGGCCCUAUUCCCGAACGUACAACUGACGAAAUACGUGCCGCCGCUGUCGUCCGGUAGCACCAGUCUGCCCGACUCCGUGGAGGGUAUCGCCGCGGAACUGUCCAAGCAGGAAUCGCUGCUCUCCCAGAUUCACAUGCAGAUGAACGCGGGUUUCGUCACGAAAUCGCGCGAGGAACAAUUGUGGGAGGUGCAACGGAUGAUAACGCAGUUGAAGAGAAAGUUCAAGACCGUCCAAAAAUUGGAGGGUGCUACGCAAAAGAGUCUAGACGAGGAAAUAAAGUCCACCGAUAAUGUUCCGAUAGAGUCGAUCUCGCAGAAACCGAAGACUGCGGACGAAGAUGCCGGACAGGCGAGAUCCGACGCUCAACCACCGUCUACCGUCAAUUCUACUACAACAUCGGUGAAGAAAGACAACGGCAAGCCACACAGCACGGAAGAAGCGAGAGAGAAGUGUUCCUGCACGACGGGCGCGAACGCGAGCACCGCGCAGAACGGACAGAGCGCAAAUCCGCAAGAGAAGGACGUGGUCGAUGCCGUGGAGCCUGCUGCGGUCACGCCACAAUCACGCGAACCUGAAAACGUUACACCGAACGACAAAGCAAACGAACCUGAAGAGGAGGAUGUCAUAGACAAAUUACGGGAGAGGCUGAUUCACGAGGAACUGCUAAACAUGCAGGCGUUACUGAAGUCACGCAUCAGUCAGGAAAGGAACGAGAUCAAGCGAUUGACGGAGACGCUGGCGGAGCGCGGCAGCGGCACGGAGAAGAAGAAGCAGCAGCCCAAAGAGAGGAUACACUCCCCCAACGAGGCUGAAAUGACGGCGAUGAUACAGCUAGUCAAGGAGAAUCAGUUACUAGAAAAAAAAAUGACGACGUUGAUACGCAGUAUUAUCGAGGAGAAAGACGCCUGCGUGGAACUGCGCGUUCAAUUAGCGGUGCAUCAAUUAAUGGCCAAGACCUGACCGCAGACUUGCUAAUAACGCGUUGCAAAUUACAGAGGAUAAUCUUUAUGUAUAUAUAUUAGAAGUUUACCUAUGAAGUUGCCGUUUGUGAAUGAAAGUUUGAUAUUUUUUUUAAGAAAAACAUUUUAUCUCAAUCAAAGCUUGCACCCGUAUUCCGUCGAUGCACUUUUGCCGUUUCAAAAUUUCGGUAGGUGGUUUGUAAAACCGCUGCUGAUAAACGCAUAGCAAUAAAGGCAACUUGGGUAAACCUCUGAUAUAUAUUCACACACUAUGAAAUAUAAAGACACGAUCUGACACUACGUUUUUGCACAUAAUGACCAUACAUAUAUAUAGUUUAUAACAUGUUAUCACCUAUCAUGUGUAUUACAUCGCAUUACAUCGUCCUGUCCUUCCGUGAAGUAUUGCAAUAAAAUUACAUACGAAAUGCA